UGUGCUGUACGGCACUCCAUCAAGAACACGAUUCACGACCUGGUAAUAGCGAUUUGACAUACGGGCUCCAUGUAAUGCUAGUUUCAUUCCCCAGUUUUGGCAGUUGAAAUCGGUUUAAGUGGGUUUACUGAUCUGACUCGUGAAAUACAAUAGCAAGCCAUCAAAUCUUGUUUCCUUAGCGCAGUACAUACAGUACAGUACACCCCAAAUUCAACUCCUCUGUGAGUCUGGGCGACGUUACAGAGCGCCGUGCUCCAACUUCGUGCUUAGCGGUGUCACAUGGUUUAAUAACAACAGCUUAAACCGUCACUCUUAUCUCCCCAGCAAGACGAGAAAGUCGCUUGUUUGUAGCGCAAAGUGUUGUUGCAAAUGCGAUGGAAUUGGGAUGAACCAAAAGAGCGUCAAAACAGGGUUUACACUGUAGUUCGCUCUCGCACGUCAAAACGAAUCUGGUCCUGUGUACUGUACUGUAUGUCUGUCUUCCCAGGUGGCUCUCGAUGAUGGUGCGAAAUGGUGUCUCAUCCACGAAUUAUCCAUUACUCGCUACAGAAUAUUACGAAUAAGCAUAGUGUACAGGUGUUUAUAGCAAAACCAAAAGCUAUAGACUGUUGGCGACUCCUUUGCCCUUAGAGGAAUCAAAUCAUGAACUCGAUGUUUGGAGGAGGAUGUGUUGUUACAAUCAACUCACGUUAACAACAGUGUGGUUUUCCAACACAAUGUCUUCAUGCAGAGCCGCAGUCCAGGUCAAAUUGAUUUUAUUUUUUCUUUAAUGACAAGGCAAGACUCGCCUCGCCCUUGCUUGAACGCAACGUUGUUUUUCUGCUGAAUACAAAAAUGAAAAGCAAAAAAGCGCCUUUCGACAAGUGCGCGAUUCACCGUCGGAGCCGGUGAUGGCAGCGCGAUUCUACGAGAGGAAAACGAUCUGGUUCUCGACGUUUCAGCACAGCCCUGAGCACACGGUGGGCUCGGCUCGAGUGAACUCCUGCGAGCUGAAUCCGCCGUCACCUGGCCGUUUGUGAGCCAAACAGCACGUUUGCAGCCACGAUCAUGUCGAUGAUUCUAAGCGCUCAUUUAGAUGGAUAACAAUAGAGGAAAUUGUACCAAGCGAAGGGUUGGCAUUUUGACACGUGUGUAUUUUGACUGACGUUAAUUCCGGGCAGAUCACCGUUUUCGUGCAGAACGCCAGCGGCUUAAACUGGAGCUGCCCCGGCGGGCGAGAAGUUGUAACGCGUUCCUGAGGCGGACACAUUGCUAAAUACGAAACCCUGGGCACACUUUGAACAUUAACUGGGUGGCUUUCAACUUCUCUGGAAGAUACAGCAGUGCUAACCCAGCCAAACUUCUAUCUCCAAUGGAGGUGGGCGAGCCCGUGUGCGUGGAGGUGCUGUCCGACACCCAGGCGGUGCAGGGGAACCCCAUGAAGCUCACCUGCAUCUCCUGCAUCAGCAGGGAGGAGAUUGAGCCCGAUACGCGGGUCGAAUGGUACUUCAACUCCGCAGAGGAGGACACCCUGAUCUACCUGUACGACCGUCAGCCACAGGACCUGGAGGGGCCGUGGAAGGGCCGGCUGCAGUGGAACGGGAGCAAGGACCUGCAGGACGUGUCCAUCAGCAUCAUCAACGCCACGCUGAACGACACGGGCACCUACACCUGCAAGGUCAUGAGGUCCUUCACCUUCAACGUGUUCCAGCACAACUACGUGGACACCAAGACCAUCGAGCUGGUGGUGAAUAAGGAAGCCAGCCAAGACUUCACUGCGGUCUACUCAGAGAUAAUGAUGUACAUCCUGCUGGUGUUCCUGACCUUCUGGCUCCUGGUUGAGAUGAUCUACUGCUACAGAAAGAUAUCCAAGGCAGACGAGGCAGCACAGGACAAUGCGACGGACUACCUAGCCAUUCCGUCUGAAAACAAAGAGAAUCCGGGUGCCCCUGUAGCGGAGUAAGAGGGGUUAACUCGAACCCCAAAUGGGACUGAAGCCAAGAAAAAGCCAGCUGGCUGGUAGGAAGAAGGGUGGAGUCUCCAUUCCUGGAAAGAGCCAACAGUGAAAGCGUGCCGCGGUCCCACUCCUGGAUAUCUCGCCGGCAGUCUCCUGUACGUCUCAUGAGCCAAGUCAGCCCGCAGCAAUCGUGACCUUAGCGAAGUAGAACUGCGUGUUUGUCUUUUGUGACGUGUCCUGUGCAAAGACAGCUGUGGCUGCUUCCUAUAGAUUUUUUCCCCUCAUUGAUUGAUUUGACUGCUUCGGUUUCCUGCCGCACGUCCUGUAGCCCAGUGGCGUUCCAAGGUGUAAAUGUCUCCUGCUUGUAGCGCGUCACCCAUCGCUUCAAACACUCAGUGACUGAAACACGCUGGAAAGCGCACUGUGUAGUAACUGUCAUGACGACGAAGUUGGAAAUUAUUUUAGGUUCACGCCAAGAGAGAUUUGCAUGAAGCUAAUUUUCAGCAUGAUAAGACAGUUUGUAGGAUGUCACCUUUAUGGUGUCACACUCUAGCUCUACAAUGACAUGAUGCUCGGACCCAAGCCCACAAACAUUUUAACAUUCGCCCUCUUCAGGACAAGGCGUACUGGAGAAGAGAAACUGCUGGAACGUCUGUGACAAGGAUGCAUUUCUUUCCUCCUUUUACAUACUGUAUGAGUGUUUUAAGAUAUGGGUGAUUUUGCUUUUCUUUUUUAAAUUCCCUAUGACUUCACGUUCGCUAACACAAUGGGGUGUUAUCCCAGGGGUGACACAAUAUAGACCUGAGCCCUGUAAGUGACUCCAGGCCUACAGCAGCUCACUGAGCAGAAGCAGGUCUGAGCAAAGUAGAACACUACACUGGUCUCUUCCUCGGCAGGUCUGUGGUCAGCACCUCGGAAGAGGAACUUAAGCAGUAAGAGCAGGUGAGGAAUCAAGCUCUGAAAGGCAAUAUAAACAGGCAAAGAAAUAUUGGUCUUAGCAGUGUGAUUUUGUUUAUUUUUUGGAAACAGCGAGGUAAUUUGAGAAUUAUUUUGCCUGCAUUACUGUCCUCCAGUGGCUCACAAAAGAUUUAUCUGUCUUCUCUGGAGGCCUCAGCAGGACUUUGGACUUUACUCUCUUGGAGAGCUGUGGCCAGGAUGUUCAGAGAGAAGGGCAUCUUGAUACGAUUUUACACGUUUCUUAAAUUUUUUCUAAUGUCUUUGGGAUGCAUGACCACAUGAAUUCCAUCUCUUCAAAGUGUUUCAUUUUGUUCUAGAUUAAGGAUCAAAAUGUGUUUUCAACUUUUUAUAUUAUGGUCUAACGGGAAUGUCAUUUUUUAAAAUUUCCUCUAUAAUCCUCGAUCCUGCUGAUGUUCAUUCCUAGUCCUAGAGGGGGCACUGUGUCUGCUGGUUUUUAGUCUUUCGUGACUUGAUUUAAAUUCUUUGUUCACUUCUAAGGGCUCUGUUAGCACUGUUUCCAGGUCUUCAUGCAUUGACAGUGUGAACAUGUAGUGAUGCACUGUAGCACUCCAGGGCCAGGGCUGAGUAACACAACCAAAUGUGUCUUUCUGCAUAUUUUCCUCAAACGCUCAUCCUAUUGAAUGGACUUUCAGGUCUGUGUGCACUGGGUCUCUAAACUGCAGGAUUUCUGACCUAUUUAAACUGGUAAGAGAAUAACUUUGCAGGCAAUUUACUUCUAGCAAACCUCUGUACAUUGUUCAUUAAAUUUUAUAUUAAUAGUUGUGCACACAAGGGUCAAGGAAUAAAAGAAAGUUCCUCUGUUUGAAAGGAGAACAUAUGUUUUAUGCUUAUUAAAUGUUCUCGUUCCCUGCUUGAAUCUUGAAGGCAGAUAUUAAACUGUUUCGAUGGCCUUUCAGGUUACUCCUCUAAAAUAAUUUAUGGACUAUAUUGUGACAUCCCAAACUACACUUAAUGUCAGUAAUACCAAGUACUUUCUAGUUGAAAAAUCUACCACAAAAACUGAAUUGCUGUACUCUGGUAAAUGCAAAAAAAAAACUUUUUUGACGUCCACAUUAACAGCAUGCUUAAUAAGUAUUUCGUGUUUCAUUACUUAUGUAUGCAAUAAUUUACAAUGUGAACAAAAUCAAAACGGCUAAAUAGCUCUUAAAAUGGGAAAUGAACAAACUUUCAGAAUGGAUGAUAACUGCAUAACACAGACCUUUGUCUGUUGAUUCAGUGUUGGGGAGAUGGUGUGAACUACAGUAGAAGCUGAAUAAAGGUAAGAGCUAAA